AUGACGCCACACCUCCGCCCUAUCGCCUGCGAGCGAUGCAGCCGACGCAAACAGCGCUGCGACCGGAUUCUGCCCGCCUGUUCCAACUGCCGCAAAGCAGCCAGCGAAUGCAGGGAAGCCCCUCAAGAGCGGAUGCUGGUCCGAGUGGCCGACCAGGGCGUCCGACGAAAGGGAUACGUGCGACUUCUCGAGGAGCGCGUCAUGGAUCUGCAGCAAGAGGCACGAUCGCGGAAUCUCCUGCAGGACGAUGACACACUCGGCGCGUCGGCGGGACCAGAGGACAUGGACAUGGCGCCGUCGCCAGCGCCAGCGCCCGACGAGACGGACCUGAAUAGCCUCGCCCUGUAUGCGAUGGCGGAGCCGCGCCGUCGCCAGGAUGAGUUUGUGCGCGAGCUUUCCAUGCCUCGCAUAAUAUCCGUUGUGACCGAGACGUAUGGUGGGAAUCCAGAGGCCACGGAGCGCGUGCAUCCGCUCUGGGACGCAGUGGCCAAAUUCGUUCGAACGGGGGGCCCGACAACGACAACGACAUCGGCCCAAGCAGUGCAUCGGAUCUACUUCCCUCGGACGGUGGCGAGCCAGGCUCUCGAGACGUACCGUCGUGUGGUCGACUAUCGAUAUCCGCGGCUGCCUGCAUCGAAGGCUGAGUAUGGACUCGAAGCCCUGACGGCCGAAGACGACAGGCUGCAUCAGACCAUGCUGGAGGCUCGCCCGGCCCAUCUCUUUCUGGCAUAUAUGGUGAUCGCGAUUGUGCCUCUGGUCUCGGACAAGUAUCCGGUGUCUCAGGGAUCCUUCAUCUCGGCACAUAUCCUCUCCACCUCGCUCAAGGUGCUCGAUGCCGUGUUCCGGAAAGAAGACGGCGUGGAUAUUGUGCAGUGUCUGCAUUUACUCGUCAUCUUCUCCAUCCAUAGCUCCGCGGCGGGCUCGUCAUGGCACUUGAUUGGGUUUGCGAUGGAGAAGUGCAUCGCCCUGGGAUAUCACAAAGAGAGCAGCAGUAGCAGCAGCAGUGGUUUUACCAGCGAGGCGGACGAGCGCCGUAGAGCAUUCUGGUCUUGCUAUCUUCUUGACCGGCUGAUCAGUGGAGCACUGGAUCGCCCGUUUUCCAUCAAUGACCGCGACAUCUCUGUUCUCCUGCCCCAGGACGCGGAGAGCGCCGAAGACGCACAACACCUGCACCUCUUCCGCUAUGCCAUGCUGCUGUCGGAGGCCAUGACGGACAGAGGUCGCUCGCCAGUGACUAUGCAGAUCAGUGGCCUGCUGCACUGGCGGUCGUCGAGGCGUAGCGAAGAUGAGUCCUCGUCCUCGUCCUCAAGCGGACUGAACGAAGCGUAUUUCGCGUCGCUGGAUAACACGCUCGUCCUUCGGCUGGCAAUCAACCACAUCAUCCGCACCGAGAUACCCAUAGACGGACAUUCCAUGCCCCUCUCCUCCUUUCUCGACAUCCCCCAGAUAUGCAGGGCGGUGGUCGACAGCCUCAGCCGCCCCGAUAUGAAACAACGGUCGUUCCUUUCCUGGUUGACAGGAUACAGCGCGUUCUCGGUUGCCCUCGUGGUCCUGUACUGGUCCCCAAGAUGGACAGGGGAUGAUCCUACCCCAGAGGCACUCCUACAGCCGAUAACGGAGAUGCUUGAUCUCGUCGGUAAUCAGUUCUCACGCCUACGGGACUACGCCCGCAUCAUCCAGUGUCUGCGGCGGGGGGAACCCCCAGAAGACAUAUCGAUAAUUGGACCGCAGCAUCUACGGAGCCUAGGGCGUCUGAUAGUCCAAAGGCACCGCCAGUGA